GCUGAAGCAUCUCUGGUGUCUGAAGCCUGGUGUUACAUCCCAAGUGGCCUCCUCACUUCUUUCCUUCAUCUGAGAAGCCUGAGCACUGGGCCCUCCACGCUUGCCCUGUGUCUUCACGCAAUUCCACCAUGGAUGAGACACAGGAGCCUCUGGCUAUGACCGUGCAUCUCCUUGCCAACUCUGGGCACGGCUUGCUUCUGCAGCAGGCUCUGGACCAGCUCCUGGAUUGCAUCUGUCCAGAAGUACGCCUCUUUCUGGUGUCUGAGAGGAUCAGAUCUGUGACAUACUGUGAGAAGAACCACCCCAGGCGGGCCCGGUUCCCAGGGAUGUCUGUUUUGUUCUUCCUGCAGGAAAGCCUGGGACAGGAGCGGCUGUUUCGCAUUCUGGACUCCCUACAGCAUCCACCCUGGCAGUGCUACCUUACCCAGGCUGCACAGGGGAGGAUGUGCCCCUGCCCCCCUGCCACUCAGGAGUUCUACAGCCUGGACAACCAGAUGCCUGUCUGGGGUGUAAGGCAGGUGCGUUGUGGUCCUGAGAUCCUCAGGGUGACACUGUAUUGCAGUUUUGAUAACUACGAAGAUGCCAUCAGACUCUAUGAGAUGAUCCUGCAGAGAGAGCCCACCUUGCAAAAGAGCAACUUCUGCUUCUUUGUGCUGUACACCACCCAGAACUUUGCUCUGCAGCUCUCCCUGAAGCAGCUGCCCUUGGGCACGUCUGUGGAUCCCAAGGAGUCCUCCGUGCUGCAGUUCAAGGUUCAAGAGAUCGGCCAGCUGGUGCCUCUUCUACCCAAUCCCUGUGUUCCCAUCAGCAGCACCAGGUGGCAGACGGAGGACUAUGAUGGCAACAAGAUUCUGCUACAGGUCCAGUUAAACACAGGACUUGCUGUUAGGAAUGGUGAGCUUUCCUUUCUAGAAGGCACCUUGGGAGCUGACAUGUGUCAUCAGAGCUCCCAGAUGACCUCUGUCUCUGGACAUAGAACACUGGAAUCAAGGAGCCGGAGGAGCCAGGGUAGGAGAUUCAAGGUGCGUUCUCUGGAGCUUCUGGAGCCCAGUGGGAUAUUUGACAGCUCUAGUGGUACUUCCUGGAAAAGCCCUGGCUGGUUCUCCCAGGCUAGCAGUUUAGCCACUAGCACCCAGCGACCUCUGCCUUCUCCCCUCACCAAACCUGGCACCAGAAUGAAGAUCCUCAAGGAAAACAGCUUCCAGAAGCUUGAGGCAGAGACGAAUGUCGACACAGGCUUCACCAUCAUCAAUUCCAAACCCAGGCAAUCUUGUUUGAGCAAAUUUCCAAGGGACUUGGGCACCAGCCAGCCACCAUCCUGCUUGCCAGGCUCUUCCUUGGAGGUGGCUCCCUCCCAAAACAAAAGAGUCAUUAAGGCAAAAGUCCUUCCUUUGUCACUUGGUGGCAAAAGGGACCUUGGAGCAAGGAAGACAAUGUCAGAAUGUUCCUAUCAUCUGCCGGUGCAGGAUGAAGAAAAAGAAGAAUUCUUUAUAUAGUAUAAUAAAUAUGUUUUUCUAAAACACAGACAGAUAGAAUGUUCUAGAAGUAAGUGGAGCAAUCACCCAGAAUCCUGUUUCUUGUUCAUCUGAGGGGCUUGAGUGCUUUCGAUGCACAGAUCCAUAUUGCUUUCACUUCAAAUAUUCAAAGUCUACAGAUGCUAGAGUAACUGUUUGCUGUCCCGAUCAUAAGGAAACACAGCCAGGGACAGGAAGAAAGCCCAAUGCCUGUGUUCUCUGGGGAUGCAUCCUACCCAGCUGGAUGUGUGAGUUCAGCACCUAUCUGGAUAAUUGCACUGUAUGCAAAUGAAUCGAAUAUGUGUUAUGCAAUGCUGAUUUGUGUAUGUAAUUUGGUUUUAAUUUUUACUUGGGGUUGCAUAGCUUAUCCCCUGGACAGCAUGAACUGUUUGUUAGUGCUUUUUAAUUUUUAUGUGACCUCCUUUGAUAAUGAGGCCCUGUUUACCACAUACCCUUUUGUGAUUCUGCCUUUAAACUUGUUUGCAUCUGCAGUGAAUGAAAAUAAAAAGUGUUCUGAAAAAUUAUAAACGAGAGCAGAAACACUGGAAGCCAGAAAAUCAGGUUAAUGUGGAUGGUAGACUCUCAAGUUUUCCUACUCCUUGGUCUCUUGUGUGUUUAUGCCCUUCUCCAAAGAGGCCAGUGGUUCUUGCUACAAACCAAGGCAGACAUAGGAUUUGGGUUCUUCUGGCCAUAUUUGAGUCCCCAAGGUCCUUUGCAAUACUCAUAUUCAUUCAUUUGUAUAUUCAUUCAACAAAUAUUUAUGGAACACCUUUGUUUGAAUAAGACAUUGUACAUAAAUUGCAUAUA